CUGGGAAAGUUGAAAACCCCAAUACUAGAAAGAUAUAUCGCCGCUGGAAAGGCUAACGUCAACAUUCAGGUUCAAGCCUUGAGUAACGCACACCAUUCCACAACGUUUCCACACCGUUCACAACUCCAGGUCAAGAUUCAGUCCCUAGGCUACUUCUGUCGCUUCGUGGGCGAGGCCAUCAAGCUGAAACACGACGAGUACGACCUCCUGAUAGUGGACUACGACCCCCUGAUGGAGAACACCGAGACCGAGGACGAGACGGGUUGGAACUGCAGCGUUCACCCCAGCGUGUUCUUCCUCCUGGGUACUCUUGUGCUGACCACCUGUGCCACGGGAAUGCUGUGCGCUGCCAUUAUGACCGACCACUGGGAAGAAGUGACCUGGGAUAAGGAAAGUCUAGACAUUCUGGCUAACGGGACAGUAAAACUGAGGUGGCUAUUAGAUAGAACUGUGGCUAGAGUGUCGACCAACGAUAUGAAGGACAGACCCAUGGCGUUCCUAGUGCCCAUGCACGGAGGAAUAUGGACACUUUGCGUCAGCCUGACAGACGAAGAAAUAUCCCUUCUCGGCAGAGUAGGGUUUCCCUCCGUCCAACCCUGCGUAAAUUACCUCUCUGGAGGCAUCGAUGGAGUACGCGGGUAUGAACCUAGGGCGGACUGGCAACAUAGGAUGCAGAACCUGUCCAUCUCCUGCGCCUUGGUGUGCCUCAUCAUCCUAGGCAGCGCAGCCCUUAUAGGGGCUUUCGGCGUUUUCCAGCACCAGAUCAGCGCCGUAUUGGUCACAGGGGUCAUGUACCUAUUAGCAGCGUCGUUCGCCCUCUUCACGCUGACCAUCAUCCACUUCAAACGGCUGCACACGAAACCCCACGACUCGGACGGCACCGUCGACGGCGUGGUGAGCCCCACGGGCAGCCGCGGCGUCAAGGACCUCCUCCCCGCCAGGGUGUUCACCACGUCCUGGUCGCUGGACCUGGGCUGGGGCGGCGUCAUGCUCUGCGUCAUGACGUCCGUCCUGUGGAUCCUGCUGUCGAAGAUAAUGCGGUUCAACCCCAUCUCCAGCAUGAUCAACUACUAGCGCACACGGUUCUUGCGACUCUGGCCCGAGAAAUACGCGGCAAAGUUGUGUCUCUAAGGCUGAGUAGUGGAAGUCGAGGAGGGAUUCCCUUUGGAAUACCCUCGGUUUUGUUCUUUUUCAAUGAUGGUGUCGGGUAACUUUUAAGUCGUUUUGUGUUUACCAAUCUGUUGUAACCCAAUAAACCGACUUAGAUGCAUUGGUUACAACACAUAAAUUAAAUUUGGCCAACAAAUUGAGCAACUUACUCAAAAUAAAAUUUCAAUUACGUUUCCACUGUUUAGCGAUCUUGGUUAGUUAUCCAAAUCGAG